AAUUAUUAAUAAAUAUAAUUGAUGGAAUGACAACGACUCACUCUGCAUAUAUUAAUUCACAUGAAUUCAAAUUCACUGAAAUAUAUAUUCUAUAACGUUUCUAAAAUAAACUGUUGUUUUGAGUUCCAGUUUACUCUGGUUGAUUUUACCGAUUUGUUUGAGUAACAUGUUAUUAAGUAUAUUAAUUGUUCUUAUAUUUCAGCUCUUGAGCGUACAGGGAACAUACGACUUGAUUAUAGAAGAUGUCACCGUUCCAGAAUACAAUGAGGAAUAUUUAAACGAACCCGAUGUUUAUAUAGACGAUAAUCUCAAAGUAGUUGUUAACUUAACAAUAAUAAAGCAGUUUCCAUCAACGAGUGUAGGACGUGUUUGGCUGAUGGGAGCAUCAAUGGGUGAUUAUGUUGUGGAUACCGGAAUCGAUGUAACAAUGGAUUUUUGUGAAUUAGUGGAAGAGCCUAUAGUGAUAGGUCCAUUAUUUCAAGCAAUAGGAUUCGACCCGAAUCAUUGUCCACCUGAUGUUGGUGUUUAUGGAACUGAUAGUUAUGAACCACUAACGGAAGGGAUGCCGGAUGAUUUUCCACCGAAUGUGUAUAGAAUGGCUAUAGAUAUUCAUACUCAAGAACAAAAAAUUUUGAUUUUCCAUAUAUUUUCGAAGAUUGUAUGAAACGAUAAUGAGCUUAAUUAAAAAAUAAUAAAUAAAUA